UCACCUCUAGGGUUUUUUUGUUUUUUGUUUUUUGUUUUAAUCAAUCCCCAAAUCACUUCUGGAAUACAGAGGUGGGAGCCAGACGGCUUGCUAAGGCAACAGGGAUGCCGGACAUGAGAGACCAGGUCCUGCCCUGCACUUAGGCCUCUUCCAGCCAGCGCUGACCAGGGAUUUCUGAUCUGCUGCCCGGCCAGGGCCCUGUGGGGAGGCCCUCCCCUCCUGACUUGGGUUUUGGAUCUCAGCUCCAGGCUACAGGGGAAAUCCGGAAGAUAGAGGAGCCAGCAUGGAUACUGAGAGUGAACAACCUCUAACAAACGCCAGUGAUGCGGCCGAGAGCACUGCCAGUGAUCAAGCUGAGAGCCUUGCCAGUGGUCAAGCCCCAGCCAAGGCCAGUGAUCAAGCCCCCAACGACACCGAUGAUGCUUCCCUGAAUAAACCUGGUAGCGCUUUCGAGACCUUCAAAAAGGUGGGGAUCCCCAUCAUUGCAGCAGUGGUGGGCCUGGCAACCAUCAUCACUGUGGCUAUCGUCAUCAAGCAGAUUCUGGAGAAACAUUACUUCUUCUGUGGGCAGCCCCUCCACUACAUCCCAAGGAGAAGUCUGUGUAACGGGGAGCCGGACUGUGCCUCGGGGGAGGACGAGGAACACUGCGUCAAGAAUGUGCCUGAAGGGCCUACAGUGUCCGUUCGUCUCUCCAAGGACCAAUCCACCCUGCAGGUGCUGGACAAGGACACAAAGAGGUGGUACUCUGCCUGUUUUGACCAGUUCACAGAGGCUAUGGCCAAGACAGCCUGUAGGCAGAUGGGCUAUAACAGUAAGCCUGUCUUCAGGGAUGUGAGGAUGGACCCAGACCAGGAUCUGGAUGUUGUUCUAGUCACUGAGAAGACCCAGCAGCUUCGGGUGCUGAACACAAGUAGACCCUGUCUCUCCGGCUCCCUGGUUUCCCUGAACUGCCUUGCCUGUGGGGAGAGCCUGAAGAGUCCUCGGGUGGUGGGCGGGGCCCAGGCCUCUCUCGAUUCUUGGCCUUGGCAGGUCAGCCUCCAGUAUAAUAAGCAGCACAUCUGUGGAGGAAGCAUCCUGGACCACCGCUGGAUCCUCACCGCCGCCCACUGUUUCAGGAAGUAUCUCGAUGUGCCCAACUGGAAGGUGAGGGUUGGCUUGAACAAAGUGGGCAACUUCCUAUCCCUGCCUGUGGCCAAGAUCGUCGUCAUUGAGCUCAACCCCAUAUACCCCAAAGAGAAGGACAUUGCCCUUAUAAAGCUGCAGUCCCCACUCAUAUUCUCAGAAAGAAUCAGGCCCAUCUGCCUGCCCUUCUUCAAUGAAGAGUUCACUUCGUCCACCCCUCUCUGGGUCAUCGGUUGGGGCUUUACAGAACAGAAUGGAGGGAAGAUGUCUGACAUUCUGAUGCAGGCAGCAGUCCAGUUCAUUGACAGAAGACAGUGCAAUGCAGAUGAUGCCUACAAGGGGGAGGUCACGGAGAAGAUGAUGUGUGCAGGCAGCCCAGAAGGGAAAGUGGACGCCUGCCAGGGUGACAGCGGUGGGCCCCUGAUGUACCGAUCUACCCAGUGGGAGGUGGUGGGCAUUGUUAGCUGGGGCUACGGCUGUGGGGGCCCAAGCACCCCAGGAGUGUACACCAAAGUCGCAGCCUAUCUCAACUGGAUCUACAGUGUCCGGAAGGCUGAGCUAUAAUGCUGCCCCUCUGCAGUGCUGGGAGCUGCUUCCCCUGUGCCCUGCCCACCUAGGGGUCCCUGAAGUCAGACACAGAGCAACAGCCCCCUUGGGCACACCUCUGCGCUCACAGCCUCAGCAUUCCUUGGAGCAGUAAAGGGCCUCCAUUCCUGUAAGAGAUCCCCACAGCCCAGAGGCACCCAGAAGGAAGUCACUAGCAUUGGGUCAGUCAUCCUUUGGUGCUCCCAGCAUUCCAGGGAGAGACACAGUCCACUGAACGAGCCUGGGCUGAGAUUUCAGAGGCAUUGCUAAGCCGAGAAGGAACUUUCCCACUCCCAUGAGAGCCCAGAUAGAUCACCGAGGGCUAACGUGGAGGAGGAAAGGGUCUGAGCCAGCCCUCUCCUCCUCCACCCAUCCCCAAGCCCACUGGAGUAAGAAACUUACUGUAAUGUAAAAUGCUCUGUCCCACUGUUGGCACCACUAGUGCAACCUACUGUUGUUAUUAUUACCUCUAUGGCCACUAUUAUUAAACACGUAUGUGAAAUCUUUGGCAUAGGCUGUCUGGGCUGCUUGAUAAGAACUGAGCUAGGACCAUUGAACCUUUAUUCUUUAUCCUGGGGAGAAAAAAGUCCAAGGGAGACAAUUGUUUCUCAAAAUAGAGGCAAGAGAAAGCAGAGACAUGGAGACCCAAGAGUUCCCAUUUCUCUCCCUCCUCACCAGCACUUGUUAUUUUCUGUUAAAAAUGGGUAUUUUGAUAAUCAAGCAAAAAUGACAGGUAGACUUAGAAUAGAAUCAAAUAGAGGUCUUAGAAAUAAAAACUGGCUAGGUACCAUAGCACACAUCCUAUAAUCCCAGCACUUUAGGAAGCCAAAGUGAGAGGAUCACCUGAGGCUAGGAAACCAGCCUGGGCAACAUAGUGAGACCCCAUCUCCACAAAAAAAUUAAAAGUUGGCCAGGUAUGGUGGUUCUCACCUGUAGACUCAGCUACUCAAGAGGCUGAGGCAGGAGGAUUGCUUGAACCUAGGAGUUCGAGGCUGCAGGGAGCUAUGAUUGUGCCACAGCAGUCCAGCCUAGGUGACAGUUCAAGAACCUUUUCAAGAAAGAAAGAAAGAAGGAAGGAAGGAAGGCUAUAAUUAUAAAAAUGAAAAACAUUUUCAUUUCAAAAAAUAAAAAGUAAACGGGAUAAAUAGCAUUUAAGACCCAGAUCAAGAGAGAAUGAAUGAACUGGAAGGUAGAUUGAAGAAGUUAUUAAAUGUACAGCAGACAUAAAUAAGGAGAUAAAAACUAAGAAAACCAGGCUAAAAGCAAUGGAAGCUAGAAUGGUAAAGUGUAAUAUACUCAGUGUUCCAGAAAGAGAGAAUAGAAACAAUGAAAGAGAGAAAAUAUCCAAAGACAGAACAGCUGAGAAUGUUCCAGAACUGGUUAAAGGUGUGAAUCCCAGAUAUAAUAUAUAAUAUAUACCACCAUACAGCUAAGGUGAAAAAAAAUAAAUCCACACCUAGGCAUAUUAUAGUUGCAGAACACUAAAGAUGAAAAGAAACUCUUUAAAGCUGCAAGCUGUGGUCCCCAACCCUUCCCCAGCCUGCCACAGGCCAGUACCUGUCCACGGCCUGUUAGGAAUGGGCCGCACAGCAGGAAGUGAGCAACAGGCCAGGGAGCUGAAGCUUCGUCUGU